AUGGGGAAUACCACCAGCGUUGCCGCCGGGCGGGACUGCUUGGUCAAUGCCGUCGGGGGCAAUCAAGGCCUCGUCGCAUUUCAAGACCAACUCCUUUAUCAGCUUACCGCAGUCAAAGCAUAUAAUCUCAACAUCCCGGUGACUCCGGCAGCGGUCACGUUUCCCGAGUCUUCGGAGCAGAUAGCGGCGGUUGUCAAAUGCGCAUCGGACCAUGACUAUAAGGUGCAAGCUCGCAGUGGAGGCCACAGUUUUGGAAACUAUGCGAUUGAUUCAGGGCUUGGGGGAACAAACGGCGCCAUUGUGGUGGAUAUGAAGCGUUUCGAUCAAUUCUCCAUGGAUAACACAACCCAUGUCGCAACCAUCGGACCCGGUACAAUGUUAGGCGACGUCGACACCAAGCUCUAUAACGCAAGCGGCCGGGCAAUGCCCCACGGUAUCUGCCCAACAAUCCGCACCGGCGGCCAUUUCACAAUCGGUGGUUUGGGACCGACAUCCCGACAAUGGGGCCUUGCGCUGGACCACGUCGAAGAAGUUGAGGUUGUAUUAGCGAACUCAAGUAUCGUCCGCGCAUCCAACACCCAGAACCAGGAUGUCUUUUUCGGUGGCAGGGGCGCUUCUGCUAGUUUUGGUAUCGUGACUGAGUUUAAGGUCCGCACGGAGCAGGCCCCUGAUCUGGCAGUGCAGUAUUCGUACACCUUCAACCUUGGCAGUACAACUGAGAAGGCGAAGCUGUUCAAGGACUGGCAGACAUUUAUCGCGCAGGAGGACUUGAGCUGGAAGUUUUACACCAACAUGAUUAUCCUAGAUGGCGAUAUCCUUCUUGAAGGCAUCUUCUACGGCAGUAAGGAAGACCAUACUUUCAAGGAUAUCAUCCUCAGAGUCGCCGGCGGCCUCCCCACAUUUCUCUACGCGAAAUCGCUCGGGUUUACGCCCAAGACACUCAUUCCGGAAUCCGCAAUCGACGAACUCUUCGACUACAUUGAGAAAAACAACCCCGGCAGCCUGCUUUGGUUCAUCACGAUGGAUCUGGAGGGUGGCGCCAUCAAGAACGUCGCUUCAGAUGCCACAGCAUACGCCCACCGGGACGUACUUUUCUUCGCACAGAUUUUCACCAUUAACCCUCUUGGGCCUGUCUCCCAGAUCGCGUAUGAGUUCACUGAUGGUAUUUAUAAUGUUCUGACAAAGGCGGUGCCGGAGGGUGCUGAACACGCUUAUUUGGGUUGUCCAGAUCCGCGGAUGAAGGAUGCUCAAAAAGCAUACUGGAGAGAUAACCUGCCGAGGUUGGAAGAGCUUAAGGCGGAGUUGGAUCCUAAGGAUACCUUCCAUAAUCCGCAGGGAGUGAUUGCUUCGUGA